UGUAUGCAAGGACAAGUGCAGUUACCACUACUCAAAGAACCACCAGAAGUCCUAAAGAAUUUGCUGACUGGUGAUGAUAGACUAAGCAAGCAUUUUCAGAGAAACACAAGAGCUUAUAACAUGGCGUUCUCAUUCACUUCACUUGGUGGAAAGGUUGAUAGAUCUGUUAGAAAGGGAAAAGGUCCAAACAUGUUGGUACUCCAAGGUGAGAAUUACCAUUUAAUUGGUAGUUUACAACCACCAAAUGGAAAUGAUGCUAAGUUCGGCCAGCUUUAUAUAGUCGACACUGAAAAUGAAAUCGAAAAUCGAACAAAUGCUUUGAGCAAGGGUGGGCAAACAAAAUCUUAUAAAAAAGGUGAUGGACUUAAAAAGGAGAUCAUUGACCUUCUGAUAAAGAUGCUGAAUGAGACCAACCCUUACGUUAAAAAGUUCAGAUCAGCAAAGGAUCGUUUCGCCAUCAAUCCUAAUGACUCUUUUCAUAUGAGGAUAGUCAGUGACAGAGUAAAUGAUGGAAGAACCUAUGACACACCAACAGCCUCAGAAGUUGCUGCACUUAUUCCUGGAGAUUUUAAUCUAGAGAUGAGUAAAAGAGAUAUUGUUCUUCAACAGAAAUCAGGCAAGUUGCUAAGGAUUGAUGAAAUCUCCCCUUCAUAUCUGCCACUUCAGUAUCCUCUUUUGUUCGUACAUGGAGAGGAUGGUUUCAGACUUGGGAUAAAGAAAGGUGAUAAAGCGAGUGAGAAGCUGAAGAAGAAAAAUAUCAGCAUGAGGCAGUACUUCGCCUUUCGUUUGCAUGAACGUAAGAAUGAGGCUCAUACUAUCCUAGAUUCAAGAAGGUUGUUUCAGCAGUUUGUUGUGGAUGCCUACACAACUAUAGAAUCCAAUCGUUUACGCUAUCUGAGGACUCACCAGACGAGUUUGCGUUCUGAUAGUUAUGAUUCAAUCAAAGAAUCAGAAAAUGCUGGCAGGGUUGAUAUGGCUGAGCAAGGAUCUUCGUUUCUCUUACCAGCUUCAUUCACUGGUGGCCCUAGAUAUAUGAAAAACCUCUAUCUGGACGCGAUGACUAUAUGUAAGCAUUAUGGUUUUCCCACCCUUUUCAUCACUUUUACAUGCAAUCCUAAGUGGCCAGAGAUCACAAGACAUCUUAAGAGCCGAAAGUUAAAGGCAGAGGACAGAUCAGACAUCAUUUGCAGGAUGUUCAAAAUGAAACUGGAUUCAUUGAUGGAUGAUUUAACGAAGAAGCAUAUCCUGGGCAAAACUGUAGCAUCUAUGUAUACAGUUGAGUUUCAGAAACGUGGUCUCCCCCAUGCUCACAUUCUCUUAUUUAUGCAUGCUUCGGCCAAGCUUCCCACAACAGAUGAUAUUGACAAGAUCAUUUCAGCUGAGAUUCCUGAUAAGUCUCAAGAACCAGAGCUGUACGAGAUCGUUAAGGAUAUGAUGAUUCAUGGACCAUGUGGUGCUGCUAAUAUGAAUUCUCCUUGCAUGGAAAAUGGGAAAUGUUCGAAGCUUUUCCCGAAAUCAUUUGCUGAUAAGACGACAGUGAGUAAAGAAGGAUUUCCGAUCUACCGUAGAAGAGAAAUUACGGACCGUUAUGUGGAGAAGAAUGGGGUCAAGUGUGACAACAGAUUUGUUAUUCCUUAUAACAAGAAACUAUCUCUACGUUAUCGUGCUCAUAUUAAUGUAGAGUGGUGCAACCAAGCUGGUUCUAUAAAGUACUUAUUUAAGUACAUUAAUAAAGGAAGUGAUCGUGUUACAGUAGCUGUGGAGCCACCAGAUCACAUGGUUGCAGAGGCACUUGGUAUUCCAGUAGGACAAGUGGACCAAAAUAAGAGGAAUGAAUUCAAAGACUUCUUUGAUUGCAGAUAUGUUUCUUCAUGUGAAGGAGCAUGGAGAAUAUUUCGGUUCCCUAUUCAUUAUAGGUCUACUGCAGUCGAGAAGCUUAAUUUCCAUCUACCAGGCAAACAAAACAUUAUUUUCAGAAAGAACGACAAGCUCAAAACAGUGAUCAGUCGUAAACUCAUUCAGAAUACAAUGUUCUUAGCAUGGUUUGAGUUGUGCAAAGUUGAUGAUCUGGCUAAAACUCUCACAUAUGCUGAGAUUCCUAACUUCUUUACCUAUUCUAAGAAGCAGAAGAAGUUCAUAAGACGGAAAAGGGGAUUUAGUCUCGGCCGAAUCAACUAUGCUCCACGUAAUCAAGAGCAUGCUUACUAUCUUCGUGUGUUGUUGAACGUUGUGAGAGGUCCUACGAGCUAUGAGGACAUCAGAACAUAUAAAGGUGUUGUUUAUCCGAGCUACAAAGAUGCAUGUUAUGCUCGAGGGAUGUUAGAUGAUGAUCAAGAGUACAUUGAUGAUAUUUUGAGGAGAAGCUAUGAAAGCACAGGAGCUGAACUAAGACAAUUGUUUGUUAGGAUGCUCAUGAAUAACAGUUUGUCUGGGCCAGAGGAUGUUUGGGAGAAGACUUGGGAAUGUCUUUCAGAUGAUAUUGAGCAUCACAGGCGUAAAACUUUAAAUAGGCCAGAAUGUCUUUUCUUUAUAGGACUAUUGUUAAGGGACGAUGAGAAAAAGAAAUUUGCUUUGAUGGAGAUUGAUAAGAUUCUGAGGCGAUGUGGGAUUACUUUGGCAACCUUUACUUCUAUGCCACAGCUACCUUUGACGAAUAGGAAGGAUUCAAAUGUUUUGGUAGUAGACGAGACAAGCUAUGAUCGUGAUGCACUUUUAGAAACUCUUGAUAGAGAUCUUCCAAAAAUGACUGAUGAGCAAAAGAAGAUAUAUGAGGAAAUCCUAGAUGCUGUUAACGAAGAUAGAGGUGGAAUGUUUUUUUUGUCUGGAUUUGGUGGCACUGGGAAAACGUUUCUAUGGAAAUUACUAUCUGCAGCUAUUAGAUCGCGAGGAGAUAUUGCUCUCAAUGUUGCAUCGAGUGGGAUUGCUUCUUUGUUAUUACAAGGUGGGAGGACUGCUCAUUCGAGGUUUGGGAUACCUCUUAAUCCAGAUGAGUUUUCUACAUGUACUAUGGCUCACGGAUCAGAUCAAGCUAAUUUGGUGAGAGAGGCAUCACUGAUUAUAUGGGAUGAAGCCCCCAUGAUGAGUAGGUAUUGUUUUGAAGCACUAGAUAGGAGCUUGAAUGAUAUUAUUGGGAAGCAAAGCGACAAGCCUUUUGGUGGAAAGGUUGUAGUUUUCGGAGGCGAUUUCAGACAAGUGCUCCCAGUAAUAAAUGGAGGUUCUAGAGCUGAAAUCGUGAUGUCGUCCAUGAAUUCUUCUUAUCUAUGGAAGCAUUGUAAAGUGCUCAAGUUAACUAAGAACAUGCGGUUAUCAUCUGGUGGUUUGUCUACUACAGAUGCAAAUGAUCUUAAGGAAUUCUCUGAGUGGAUCUUAAAGGUUGGUGAUGGUACACUUGGAGAGCAUAACGAUGGAAUAGCUGAGAUCGAGAUCCCCCCGGAAUUUUUGAUUACUGAUUCUGAUGAACCAAUAGAGGCUAUUAGCAAAGCAGUUUAUGGAGAUCCUUCUUCAUUAAAAGCAAACAAAGAAGCUAAAUUUUUCCAAGAGAGAGCCAUUUUGUGUCCAACAAACGAGGAUGUUAACAUGAUCAAUGAUUACAUGCUGGAUAAGCUGGAUGGUGAGGAAAAGAUUUAUCUAAGUGCAGAUAGUAUCGAUCCUACUGAUACAAAAGCAGUGAAUGAUGAAGCUCUUGACUCUGAUUUUCUAAACAAAAUUAAAGUGUCUGGAUUGCCGAAUCAUAGACUUCGCCUGAAAGUUGGCUGCCCAGUUAUGGUUCUCAGGAAUGUUGAUCCUCCAGAAGGGUUAAUGAAUGGAACAAGGCUACAGAUUACUGAGCUGAUGGAUUUUAUGGUAGGGGCUAAGAUUAUCACUGGAUCUAAUGUUGGGAAGACAGUAUAUAUUCCGAGAUUGUUGAUCACACCAUCUGAUACGAGACUGCCUUUUAAAAUGCGCCGAAGGCAAUUGCCUUUAGCUGUUGCUUUUGCUAUAACAAUAAACAAAAGUCAAGGGCAGUCUCUCUCGGAAGUUGGAAUCUUCCUACCCAGACCUGUGUUUUCACAUGGACAGCUCUACGUAGCUAUUUCUAGGGUCACAUCCAAGAAAGGAUUGAAAAUUCUUAUUGUGGACAAAGAUGGAAAACCUCAUAAUAAGACCGUCAAUGUUGUCUUCAAACAGGUUUUUGAUAAUCUAUAA